AUGGGUCAACAGCCCUCGAGUCUGUCGGUAUCUCUGGUAUCUUCCCCCAGAGCAACUGAAGACUUUUCAGCCUCUUCGUCCGAAUAUUCGUCCACCGGAACUCAAGAAAGUACCUUACCAUCAGCCGGAACCCUCGAAACUACCGUGAUGAAACCUACCAGGUUAGAGCCAGCUGGCGACGAUUUCGAUCUUGAUGUCUCCGUCAAAUCCGAUGUCUCUUCUCCCUUCGAUUUGGACCGUCAUGUUUUUCGAAAUGAAGGUCAAGAUGAUCAAGUUGAAGCUCCGUCUCAACGUCGGCCACAACUGCAACUGCCAGGACUUAAAAGCCAGUACAGGAACUUCAUCGACCACGGUAGCCAGGUUGAUGCCGAGAACUACCCAACUUAUCCAAACGGGGACACCGUCUUUGUCAAGGAAGCCAAAGAUAUAAUAACGAAUUGGCAAUUCAUCGGAUGGACUCACAAGAUGCGAGUCUCGACUACAAAAAACAAGCAGUGGAAAACACGCACUUAUGCAUGUUUAGGCGUAAUGGAAUGCUCCGAACCCACCUGUCAGUUCGCUGGCCCCCCUCCAACAGGCCAGAAUAAGAUCUCUGAUGUCAUCGAAAGCACAUGCAAAGGGAUUCAGACCCAUUACCAAUGUGAUUGCAAAUGCCGAAUCGACACCGAAAUCGACAUCAACAAAAAGGAAGGUUGGGCAUUACUACGACAUCGAGGUGUACACAAACACGUAUGGCCAGACGCCAAGAAGGCCGACCCACUUGCAAAGGCCAAAUUAAAGGAGGCUGUGGUCAACGAUCCUAAGACAGGACCAUUGGGUCUGAAGGUUGGGCGUGUGCAUCUAGGAACACAACCCAUUAAGUCUAUCAGCGAACUACAUCCCUCAUUUGGCCACAUUGACCGACUAGGGUACUUACGACGCGAAUUCCUAGCGGAAGCCGGCCUAAUGCCAAGCAAGGACGACCCAGAAGCAGGAGAUAAAUGGCUGCAAUCCAUUCAGCAUUGGGCGAACAGGGGACUUGAUGAUUACAGGCAAGGCAUGCAAUUGAUCUCGGUUUCUUGCUUGACCGAAAACUUCCAUUACUCAUUGCAGACGGAUUGGAUGGCCGAGGUACUGCUGUACAAGUACAAAGGCGAAACAUAUUCAGGUGGACUGUUGUCAGAUGUUACCUACAGAUUCUUUCAGAAUGGCUACUUAUUAACGACGUCGAUGUAUGUUGAACAAAUUGGACGUUGGGUCCCGAUUCUUCUCACAUGGCUCGCCGGACUUGAUACUGGCCACUACAAGGCUCAUUUUAUGACUUUAUUCGAACGCAUCCAGAAGACAACUAAAUCAGAUAAAGAGAAGAGGUUAUUAUGUGAACAAGUAGUGGAUUUUUCGCUUGCGCAGAAAAAUGGCUUUGUAGAGGCGUACAUGGAGGUAUUCCAAGUGAAUGAGGUUACUGCCAUGUCUAAAUUGCACGGCUGUUUACAGCACUUUAGACAGGCAGUGAUGCGCCUGCAGCGAAAUCACACUAUAGUCCCAGUGCAUCUGGAGGAACUUUGGGCGGAGAAAUGCGCAGAGCUAUUACUUCCCGAUGGACCAGACUUAAAAACACUCGAUGAAAGGUUUGAAGAAUUACGAACCACGUUUCCUAAAGCGAAAAAGUGGUUAGAUUGGUGGUGUACUUCGGAUAUACAAGCCAUGCUAUUUCCAGCCCGCAAACGUAUGCCUGAAGACGAUCCUCCUUUGGACGAGAGCGAUGAUGAAGAUGUUACGGAUCAACCUCGACGUCGGCGAAACUUGCCUGCGACCACAAAUGCGCAGGAGUCAAUGCACCGAGUGUAUUAUGUCCUUUGUCCAGGGAAAUGUGAACUAAUUCCCGGAUUAGUUCAAUUGUUUGCUUUGGUUCAAAGCCUGGAACGCGAUUAUAGGCAAGUGGCGAAAGGUAUUCCCAUCGCCUAUGGAACCUCGCAAAAAAAUUGGGAGGAGGUUGUGAAGACGUUGGGUAUGCCCAAACCCACCAAACGAAGAUAUGUCCCUAAUGACGGACGGGCGCCGGACACGACCAAAGAGCUCAUUGGCACUGGUGGAAAAAAGAAAGGACCUGGACGUCCAAAGGGGUCUCAAAAUGUCAUUCGCCACCCUCUAACAACUUAUCAAUCUUAUACUUGUGGUACCACCCUUGGCACGAAAAACCGAUGCUGGCAAAGCUCAGUUCUCGAAUGUCUUUACGCACUCUACGGGCCUGGUUGGAGCAAAUAUCUCACAGUUAAUGGCACUCGCUUGGUCAAUCUACUCAUGCGUCAUUUUACCAGCCGUUUUCGGGCCGAACUGACUGAAGGAAGUGGCCUCAAGGGAGUUUUAUCACGAGGACAAGGAAUCUUACAUCGUGCCAUUGAAGACCAAAAGAACGGGUACUUCAUUGCCGAUCAAUUUGCUUGUGCGGACUCUUUCUUCGAAAAAUUCCUCCAACAGAAAUCACCAAUGCGACCUCUUUUUGAAAUACCUCUCCGCAAGACUAGCACUUGCUCUCGAAAUGUCGAACAUAAUCGAACUUCAUUAGUAUCAAUGACUACAUUACAUGUAUUACCUCACACCUUCCACAACGCUGGAAUAUCUUAUGGAGAUGCCGAAUUGUUGAUAGAGAGGUGGACAACAACUGGCCUUUCUACUACAGCUGUAUGCUCACAGUGUCACCCACAUGAAACUCUGGCCGGCUCCAAACAAGAAGACCUUGCAACCAUGGAACGUAGAUUCCAGCUCGAAUUUCCCGACACGAACUCAGCACCUUUGCAUUUAUACAUCCACUUGGAUGGGGUUGUUGAAUUGACCAAUCACGAGCGCGAAAGCUUCAUGGGCAACACCAACUGGCCAGCGCACUUUAGUAUAGGAAAUAUCAAUUAUAAGAUGAUUGCACGGGGCUUUUGGGCGGCAUCUCAUUAUUGGUGCCAAGUGGUUCGAUGUAUUCAAGAUGUUAUGGGUGUCUGGCACUACGACGAGCUGAAGAAUGGUGGUUUUGCUCAACUAAUCGAACGCGACAUCACAAAAAUCGGUGGGCCAAUCCCUCACACUUCAUGGAUUUGUUACACCCGGAUGCCAAACGAUAGUGAAGUACAAGAAACUGCAACCGUCCUUCGUGGAUUGAUGAAGCAGUUCCCGACUCAUACCCUCACCAUUCCUUUCUCUAUGCCGACAGAAAGAAUGCCAUUUGGAGGUGGCCUCCCGCCCCUAGUGGAUGAAAAACCAGAGGCUCAUCUGGAUAUCGAAGGCUCUGUUGAUUCCGAAGGCAAAGAAGAUCAGCUCGAGGAGAUCUUUGAAGAAGAUGCUAUUAAGAUCAAGUUGAAAAUACCAAAGAAGAAGGCGGAACUCGAGGAGAUGCCAAUAGUUCCUGUGCAGGCGGAUGUGUCGCCGCCAGCAGCCAAGCGAGCUCGCAAAGCUCCUGCUGCCAAGCGUCCGGCCGCUGCUAAAGCUGCUAAACCUCCAGCAACAAAGAAGGCCAAAAAAAAAUAG